AUGAGUAAAAACAAAGGAUUAACAGAUGUGGAGAAAUUGUAUUUAAAAAGACAAAGAAAUUGGGAUGGUAAGGGUGGUUUUGAUAUUUCUGAAAACGAUGAAAUGGAAUCACGAGAAAGAUAUAGACAAUGGAAAAGAAAAAAAAAUGCUGAAGAGAAUGAAAUAAUAAAUUUUAAAAAUCCACCACCUGAAAAUUGUAGUAGAUGCAUGAAAAAUCUAAUUCAAAGUUAUUUGUGGGCUUCAUAUGGUGUGCCAGUUUGUGAUGAUUGUAGAUUAGAAUAUGAAGGAGAUUACAAAUUCAUUACUAAAACUGAUGCUAAACAAAUUUAUCUUUUAAAAGAUGCAGACUUAGAGCUUCGAAAACCUGCGUUACGAGAGCCAAGUUGA